UCCAAAAACUCAAAAAUCUCUCCUUCUCUUCUCAUUCUCUUCUCUUGCGUCUAGUUAGUAACUUUUAAUUUUAACAGUGUUAUCAAAUUCGAAUCUCUUACAUUAAUGGAAACUCAGAUCUUCUCUUAAUAAACACACUCACAUACACAAAAGCACAGAUCUUUACAAGAGCAUCUCUAAGAAGAAAGAAGAGAAGAUGUUUGAGAGGUGUUUGGGAGCUUACCGGUGCCGGAGAAUCCAAAGAGCUUUACGCCAACUAAAGGUAACGAUUCUCUGUCUCGUUCUCACCGUGGUUGUCCUACGCAGCACCAUCGGCGCCGGUAAAUUUGGUACACCGGAGCAAGAUCUCGACGAGAUCCGUCAACAUUUCCACGCACGCAAACGAGGUGAGCCUCACCGUGUCCUCGAAGAAAUCCAGACCGGAGGUGAUUCUACCGGCGACGGUGGUGGUAACUCCGGCGGGAGUAAUAACUACGAGACCUUUGACAUCAACAAGAUAUUCGUAGACGAAGGUGAGGAAGAGAAACCCGACCCGAAUAAACCUUACACUCUCGGACCCAAGAUAUCAGAUUGGGAUGAACAGAGAUCUGAUUGGUUAGCUAAGAACCCUAGCUUCCCCAAUUUCAUCGGACCUAACAAGCCGCGUGUUCUUUUGGUUACUGGUUCGGCGCCAAAACCAUGUGAGAAUCCUGUCGGUGACCACUAUCUUUUGAAAUCCAUCAAGAACAAGAUCGAUUACUGUAGGUUACACGGGAUUGAGAUCUUUUACAACAUGGCUCUUCUCGAUGCGGAGAUGGCUGGUUUUUGGGCAAAGCUUCCAUUGAUUAGGAAGCUUUUGUUGUCACAUCCUGAGAUUGAGUUCCUUUGGUGGAUGGAUAGUGAUGCUAUGUUUACUGAUAUGGCGUUUGAGCUUCCAUGGGAGAGGUAUAAAGACUACAAUCUGGUGAUGCACGGAUGGAAUGAGAUGGUUUAUGAUCAGAAGAACUGGAUUGGGUUGAACACUGGGAGUUUCUUGCUUAGGAACAAUCAAUGGGCGCUUGAUCUGCUUGAUACUUGGGCUCCUAUGGGUCCUAAAGGGAAGAUUCGUGAGGAAGCUGGUAAGGUUUUGACCCGUGAGCUCAAGGAUAGGCCCGUGUUCGAAGCUGAUGAUCAGUCUGCAAUGGUUUAUUUGUUGGCUACUCAGCGAGACGCUUGGGGAAAUAAGGUAUACCUGGAAAGCGGAUACUAUCUUCACGGUUACUGGGGGAUUCUCGUGGACCGAUAUGAAGAAAUGAUGGAGAACUACCACCCUGGUCUAGGCGAUCACAGAUGGCCAUUGGUAACUCACUUUGUCGGUUGCAAACCGUGUGGGAAAUUUGGGGAUUAUCCGGUUGAACGGUGCCUGAAACAAAUGGACAGAGCCUUUAACUUUGGGGAUAACCAGAUUCUACAAAUCUAUGGUUUCACUCACAAAUCUUUGGCUAGUCGCAAAGUGAAGAGAGUGCGAAACGAGACUAGCAAUCCGCUGGAUAUGAAAGACGAGCUUGGGUUGCUUCAUCCCGCGUUUAAGGCGGUUAAGGUACAAAACAAUCAAGUUUGAAUGGGAUCUUCGUCUAGGAUUUGUGUUUUGUUUCUUGCUAUAUUUAAUGUCUUGCGUCGUCUUUGGUUGUUGUUGUACUAAGAUGGAUGAUGAUAAAAGUAAUGUGCAGAGACAUCAGUUUAUUCAUUGGUUUUACUUUGUCUCUACGUCUCUAGGGAGUUGUAUAACGAAAUCAAAAUGUUGCCUUUCUUCUUUGUAAUCCAUUUUAGAACUUGAGAUUUUGUAGCUUCAUGGAUCAAUAAUAAUCUAUGUUAAUUCAAGACCA